AUGCGCAAGAUGGGUAAUAAUAAAGAGAAUAAAUAUGGUAGCAAGUUAAUAAGGAAAAGACCCACCAUUAAGACUUUAUCACAUAAGACUAUCAAAAGCACGAUAUAUGUUAAAUCUAGUUCUCCAUAUAUAAGUGUAGUGAAACGAGUUCACAAGUUCAUUGAACAACUGAAUAAGACCGGUAGGUCACCGUAUGUGAGACUCAUGGGGAUAGGUAAAGCUGUUGAGAAGACUUUAUCUAUAGCGUGUCAUUUCCAAGAAGAGAAGGGAAGACGAGUAGACGUGAAAACAAUAAGUGUGGAUGUCAUCGAUGAAUUACAAUAUCAAGAAGAUCACGAAGAACAAGAAGAAGAAAUAGAAAACGAUGAAGAUAGAGAAACUGUAUUGAAGAAACGAUCUGUUAGUGGUGUAGAAGUUAAGAUAUAUUUAGCUAAUUAG